AUGGCGUCGUCGGUGCGGGCCGGGCCGCGGCUGCGGCGAGCUGUGCGGGCCGGCGAGUUAGCGGCUCUGCCCGCCGGGCUGAGGGAUGAGUUGGGGGCGGCGCUGGCGGAGGAAGGAGGGCUGGUGCCGUUCAGCCUGCUGCGGAGGCUGCACACCGCGCUGCGGGAGGCAGGAUCUCCGCUGCACCUACACGAGCUGCUGGAAGGAUGCGAGAUCCACCUGCCCGAGGUGCCGGUGCCGCCGCGGAACCCCGAGCUGGUGGCCCGGCUGGAGCGGAUCAAGGCCAAGCUGGCACACGACGAAUACCGGCGGAUGACCCGCAACAUCACCGGCCAGGAGAUGAACGGGCCAUUGGCUGAAUUUGGGAGGCAAGUUCGCUCCGUGAAGGCCGUUGUCAUCACCAUCUUCAACUUCAUUGUCACCGUGGUGGCUGCCUUUGCCUGCACCUACCUGGGCAGCCAGUACGUCUUUGCAGAGACAGCAGCGGUGAGCGAGCCCAGCCCCUGGCAGCCCCCCUGUGCUGGCCAGGCCGGACACUCAGGGUCACCUCUCUCUCUUUUGUGUCCCCAGCGUGUCCUGUCUGCUGUCAUUGUGGCUUCGGUGGUGGGCUUGGCCGAGCUGUACGUGAUGGAGCUGCUAAUUUGGGACAAAUCUUGUCCUAUCUGUACCUGUUCCUGCUGUGGGAACACUGCUACACUCCUCAGGCUCAUCCUUUGCUUCCCGCUCCUGAAAUGAAUCAUGGGUUGGAAAUCCCAGAGCUGCAGAACAGGAGAGGGAAUGGCUGUGGACUCUGACCACCCCAGCAGGGAGAGAGGCAUCAGCUCCUGCCAUCCCUGUUCUCCUGGGAAGUUCCUGGUCUUUUAUUCUGGAAAUAAAUGACACUGUGUGUUCAUAAC